AGACGAGUAUACCGGUUUUACCAAUUACAUAAAGUUUCUGGGUGCUGUUGGGCAGACAGUGCCAUGCAAAAGAGCAUUUAAUUUUUUGGGAUGAAUAAAUUUGGUAGAAUUUACAAAUCUGGCAUAUUUUUUUGCGAGUUUAUGUUUCGAUUUUGUUGUAUUGUUUCGCUUGACCUUGUCUAUUUUCUAUUGACCUUGUUUACAUAAUAUAAAGUUCUAUUUAAAGUAACACACCUGAUUGGAUAAUAAAAUUAGAAAGCCACUAAAGUGCUGAAGUGCACAAUAUUAUAUCUAUUUAUACGACUACAUCACUCUACAGCAGUGACAAAUGGUCGCACACUGUUAUCCUUCCACCACGGGGGGGGGGGGGGAGGGACAGUCUUUGCGCAGACUAUGUAUUGACAACAAAGCCACUGCACAUUGCAGAAGGCAUGGCAGAAAGCAUGGCAGUGUUAUGUACUUGAACCACAGGGUUAAAGGAGCAGUGUCAUCGCGUGCGCAUCUCUUCUGCGCAUACAUAAAACUUGAAAGAACAGGCGGUUUCUUCAAGUUGAACAAAUCCAAGAUGGCGUCCGCUCGUGUGGGAACGCACGGCGGAAAGCGCGAUAAUUCCGGCAGAAAAAGAAAGUAUCCGGGCUCAGAAAACUUUAGCAGUCAAAAUAAAUGAGUAUACUUAUCGUUGAGUGUAUUUAUGGCAUGGAGGGAAGCAAAAAACGAUGUAGUGACAGCGAUUUUGCAUCCCAUCUGUUGUCCUUGGAGUAUCGUAGAAGGUAAAGAUACAGCAGAGUAAUUCAUACUUGUUUCGUUUAUGGAUACAUAUAUUUAUAAAGAGCUUGACUAUAUUUCUGGUCGUUUAUAGAGAGGACCUAAAUCAAUCCCGACAAGAAAAGCGAAUGGCUGCACCAAAACGUGACCAACUGCAUGCUUUUGGCAGUGAAGUAGAUGAUUUGCCACAGACUUCUGGCAUUAUUCCAGGUAACCUGAAUUCAUUCUAAUAUAUAAACAGCUAAAAUAAGUGAUGAAACACUAUUAAGCCUUGGAUAUUACUCUUCAAUAUAAUUCAAUGCUUCAGUUUGAAACUUUGAAUGUUGAUUGUUGAGUACGUACAGUGACAGUGUGGUUGCUUUGUGAAUUGUGAUGUGCUUUUUUCUUCAUAAGAAUAACAUUAAAAGUGAAUGCCCAGUACAUUUGAUAUUUUAAAGGCAAAAUAAAAAGGAAAAACAAAUAACUUUUAGACUGGGAGGCAUCUACUCCAUUGAAAGAUCUUGAGACUAUCAUGCCAUCCUGUAAUGUGUCACCAAUUGUGGAAGGACAGCAAAUGGCAAUGUCAAUUUGUAUGGAGGCUGACACAUCUCUUCAUGAAAGGUAAUAAUUAUAUACACUGACUUUUUUAUGGGGUUUUAAUGUUUGCACAGUCACCAGACUAACAAGUUCAAUGCAGUAAUGUUUCAAGUUCUACACCAUAAAUUAUAUUAUAUAAAAGAUUUAUUCAACUGAAUGAACUGUCAUUUAUGUUGGGUAAAAUUUAUUUUUAUAAAUAUCUAGUUUGAGUAGUGAACCAUUAGACUCAUCCAAAAUGCUGAACACUUCAAUGUUUACGGAUGACGAGUUAACCACUGAUGACAGUGAUGAUGACCAGGAUGUCAGGUACUACUUAUAGUCGUAUUUUUAAUUGACAUCUGGUUUUAUUACUUUUAAAAAAUAUGCAGUUUGUUUACAGCAGCUAAAAUGUGUCUAUAUUUAUUUUUAAAUAAUUUCAUUCUACUUACAGUUUUCAUGACCUUACCAAGUCUGUGAUUGAGGAAUUGAAUACUGAUGAAAACAUGGAAAGGGACAAUAAUUCAAAGUAUGAUAUAUCCAUUAUCUUAUACGGUCAGCAUUUAAAUAUAAGCCUUAGAAUGUCAAAAUGGAUGAGGUUUACAAGUAAAUACUGUAUGUUUAGGAAAUAUUAAGGGAUUUUCUGUUAAAGAUAUAUUGAUAUACUUUCAGUUAUGUGCAUCCAGAUUCCAGAUAAGACCUUUUUUUAAAUGUCAUAUGGUUUUCUUGUUGUAGUUCCACAUACAGUGAUGUUGAAAGCACAAUAGAUAGCGAUUCAACUGAAUCUGCAGAUGAAGGUGCUGGUAUGUACGAAAUGCCUGAUGACGAGACCUGUUUUGAUGAUGAGACCUGUUUUGAUGAUAAUGUGGAUGUCUCAUCCACAUUGCAGCAGGUACAAGCCACACCCACUUCCCUUAUUCCCUUUGGGCCACACCGCAAACUUAGUAGAGGAGAUGACAUGUGUGCUAUUAAAGAAGAAUAUAGAAUGGCACAGGACAUAAAAUUUGUCUGCACACUUAGUUUGUUUCUUGAGGUAUUUAAAACUCGAUGUCAGACACCUGGGUGUACUGCUGUACCAACUGUAAAAUACCACUUUGUUGGUAUGGCUCUCUUUGUGACCCCUACAUGUACAUUCGGUCAUAAGAACAAGUUUUGUUCCUCAGGCGAAGUCAAUAACAUUUUUUGUCAACAAUCUCCAGACUGCUGCUUCAAUUAUACUAUCUGGAAGCCACUAUGCAAAAAUGAAACGCUUGGCAAAUUUUUUAAAUCUGGAAUUUCUGUCCAAGUCCAGCUACUACCGAUUUCAACGCCUCUAUCUGAUUCCUGAGAUAAAUGACUGGUGGUGCUGGAUGAGGCGAGAACUCAUCAGUGAAUUUUCAGACCAGGAUAUGUUGUUGUUGGUGGUGAUGGUCAAUGUGACUCUCCAGGCUUCAAUGCCAAGAAUCUAUGCUACUUCAUGGUAGAGGUAAAUUCCAGUUAUAUUCUUGACAUUGAAAUCUUGGACAAGAGGCACGUUGGCCUCAUCUCAACAAAUAUGGAGAAAGAAGCAGUGAAGCGAAGCCUGGCUCGUCUUCAAGACGAUGUGAAAGUGGUCGAGUUGGUCACUGAUGCAUCUACAUCUAUAAAAGCAUUUCUUGGUAAGAUAAUCAGUAUUCUUUGAAAUUCACCUCAUUUGGUUAGGGGUUUUCAUUUAUUCAAAUUCCCCUCCAUUCAUUGUCAAAUUUUAGUAACCCUCUCUCAUCUAGAUCAUCGGAAACGACCAUUUCAAUUUUUAGUUUGUCUUACGUUUUUAAAAUUUAGAAAAAUCAACAGUGUAAUGGCCAUGUAGACAUCUCACCUUGCCAUGCCCCUUAAAUAUAUAUACGAGUUAUAAAUAUAAGAAAACCAAAAUUGAUUUAGACAACUCCCUGACAUCAGUUGUUGUAUUAUAUAACCCUGUUGGGAACAUUUGAAAACUUCAUAAUCCCCUGCAAUCAUAUCACCCCCCCCCCUCCCUAUGCUCUAAUAAAUGAAAGCCCCCUUAAAAACAGAGAAAUUACAGUUUUGCUGUUACAUGCAAGCAUUCGAACCCAUCCAUGAAUGAGUCUGGUGCAUCUGCAUUUUGUAUAAAGAGUAUUGGGUGUAUGGUAUUCAUUUCAUUCAUGAAGUUCUUGUUUAAUUAUUUUAGCAAAUGAAUACCCAGACAUGAUCCAUAGCUUGGAUGUUUGGCACAAAUCAAAAAGCAUAAAGAAGUGUCUGGCUAAGGUUUGUACAGUAUAAGGUUUCCUUGUGAUGUGAUGAGUCAAGCCUUUGGUGUGUGUGAUAAACCCAGUAAUGUAAACCCAUGACUAAGUAGCCCCUAUGUAUGUAUGUAUGUAUGUGCAGUUUGGCAUAACAUGUACAUGUUAUUGAUUUAUGACUUAUAUCAAUUUAGUUGGGUAAACCAAAAGCGAUGCACAAAGUCAAGGAUUGGGCAGCACACAUUAUCAGGCAUUUUUGGCAUUGCUCAAGUACAUGCAGACAGGAUAAUGAAACCUCUGAUGAAGAAGCACUGAAAGUUAUGAAGGUAUUCUUGUAUUAUAACAGUAUAUGUAAAAUGUUAAUGUAUAUAUUAUGAUUUUGUUUAGGACAAAUGGAUUGGAUUACUGCAUCACAUCUGUAAUGAGCAUCAGUGGCUGGAAGGUCAAUGUGAUCAUGAAGAAGACGAACAUGACGAAAGGCUACCAUGGUUUGAUCGUUGGGAUAAAGACUAUCAAGAAUUGCAAAAGAUCAUCUUGAAUCCCGAGUUACUUGCACGUUUCAAGUACUAUACCCAUUUCAGGUAUA